AUGAAAUCCACCACAACGCCAUUUCCAGCCCGCCAAUGGCGUUGGUCUGAUAGACAGUGCCGCGUGGAUGGCCAUCAGGAUCAGUCUCCAUGUGUGUAGCGUACCCGCGCAGGGCGGCGUCCUACCACUGUGAGUCGCUCUUGCUUCUUCCUAGCCUUGCGAGCCCUCAAAUGCGCCUUCUACUUGCAGAACUUCCAGCUCAAUCCAAGCACGCCCGUUUACCUCACCACCCGUCCCGUCCUGUCAUCAAACCGUCCCUUCUGCAGCUGCAUUUUAUCCCUCGCAAUGCCACUCAAAUUCCUCACUUCUCGACCCUCGACUACCGUCCACUACCUACCUCUACCUGCAUGACAUGCGCCACGCCUUAGCGACAGCCUGCCAAUCAAACGACGAUCAAACUGGCACCGACUGGCCGCUAAACCCUAAACGCCCACGCGACCGAAAUCACUUUCCUUAGCCAUGGCUCCGAGUGCAGACUUAACAGCACAGU